AUGCAGCUGCUGCAGCGCGAGCAGCACCUGCAGCAAGUGCGGCACCAGCAAAACCAGCAGCAGCAACACCAGCAGCAGCAACACCAGCAGCAGCAACACCAGCAGCAGCAGCAGCAGCGUGGGUGUUUGUUGAAAUCUCAGGACUUGAUAGGGGUGUUGGGCCCCCGGUGGGCCGUGGACUCGCUGCUGCCGCGGCUGGCAAUUUGCUUCAGCAAGGCGGGGGCCCCCAGGGGCCCCCGGGCCUCCUUCGACGCUGUGGGGGGAGAGACUGCAGCACCGCUUGCCACUUCUUACCUGCAGCGCAUCGUGGUGCAGCACGCCCUCCCGAAACUCGCCGGAGCCCUUCCCCCCGAGUUGGCUGUGGGGCGCGUCGCCCCCCUGCUUAUUGAGGGAUUGCAG